UUCCAGAAAAUUCCUUGCUAUAAAAUUCUUUAUUUCUAAAUUAAUUGGAAGACAAUUACUACAAAUGGUAACUAUUUGCGUUUUUCUCAUUGCUUGCCUGCUCUCUACCGGAUCGGCAACAAUCACUACUAAUUCUGUGACCGAAUUCCUGCGAAUAAUCCUCGGUAAUGUGGAGCCAACACCAAUUGUACUCUGGCACGGCAUGGGUGAUAGUUGUUGCAAUCCGUUAAGUUUGGGAAGAAUAGAAAAAAUACUGAAGCAGAAUAUCCCUAAUGUCUACAUUUAUUCAAUAAUGAUAGGAUCCAACGUUGUAAUGGAUACAGAGCAUGGUUUCUUUGGAAAUGUGAACGAUCAGGUAGCGGAGGUAUGUCAGAGCAUACAGAAGGAUGAAAAAUUAAAAAAUGGAUAUAAUUCUAUUGGUUUCUCACAGGGCGCACAAUUCCUGCGAGCUGUGGCACAACGUUGCCCAAUUCCACAAAUGAAAAAUUUGAUUUCCCUUGGUGGACAACAUCAGGGAGUAUUUGGACUACCGCUAUGUCCUGCUGAAAGUUACAUCUGUGAUCGUGUGAGGAAUCUACUAGAGUGGGGUGCAUACGUUGGCUUUGUCCAGAAUACAGUAGUCCAAGCACAGUAUUGGCAUGAUCCGUUAGAUGAAGAAACCUACCGGAAAAGUAGCAUAUUUCUUGCUGAUAUCAACAAUGAAAGAAAUCUAAAUGAAACAUAUAAAGAAAAUUUAUUGAAACUACAAAAUCUGGUGUUAGUGAAAUUUUUGAAUGACACAAUGGUAGUGCCGCGAGAAUCGGAGUGGUUCGAAUAUUAUCUUGAGAACGACACAUCAAAGAUCGUUCCUCUCGAAAAAUCAGAAAUCUACACAGAGGAUCGCCUCGGCCUACGGGAGCUGUUGGAGAGCAAACGAUUGCACUUGCUAGCCUUCGAAGGACAACAUUUACAAAUCAGUACUUCAUCUUUUGUUUCUCAGAUUGUUAAUAAAUUUCUGAAAUAAAUUUUUG